GCUGAGCUGAGGGAGGAAAGCAGCUUUAAUUGCAGGGCAGCGAGAAAAGCCAGCGAUGGCUUCGCUCAGGCAGGAGCACCGCUAUGGGCUCUCCUGUGGAAAAAAUAUCAAAUUAUACAGCCCCGACAGGACGCUGUACCAUGUCAAGCUCACGGACACGGCUAUCAGAGCGCUGGAGGCUUACCAGAACCUCAAGGGGUCUUUACCGAGUGAACCAUCCAUUUGUUUCAAAGGAAACCAAGGGUACUUCAAGAUCCCAGCUCCAACGUCGGAGUCACCUUCUGCUCUUCGCGUCUUCUCCUUCUACUUGUCCAGCGACAGCAAAGACCAGCCACAAGCCAGCUUUGACUGCAUCCAUCAGUACGUUUCCAGCGACGGCCGCGAGCAGCUGGAGGGUCAAGGCAGCAUCCAGGACAAGAUCACCGUGUGUGCCACAGAUGACUCCUACCAGAUGACCCGCGAGAGGAUGUCUCAGGUGGAGAAGGACAGCUGGAGCCGCUCGGCCAUUGAGAUCAAACCUGGAGCCACACAUCCAAGUAAAUGCGUCAAGUACCACAAGAGGCCGGCUCCUCCAUCUGCCUCGGACAGCAGCGCGUUCAAGCAGUCUGCGGGCAACCGGCGGCACGGCGGUGCGCCCACGCCGACCCAGAGGCCCCUGAAGGACCGCAUCGUCCACCUGCUGGCUCUCAAACCCUACAAGAAACCAGAGCUGCUGCUGUGGCUGGAGAGAGAAAGGGCCACUCCCAAGGACAAGGCCGAGCUGGGCGCCGUACUGGAGGAGGUGGCGAAAGUGAACCCGAAAGACAGCAGCUAUUUGCUGAGGGACGACUUCUACAAGCACGUGCAGAGGGACUGGCCCGGCUACAGCGAGGAGGAAAGGCAGCUGAUCAGCAGGCUCCUGGCCAGCAGGAAGUUGCAGCCGCAUAUCAGCAGCCAGUCAAGGAAUCUUCAAGCAAACUCAUUAAUACUAAAGACCUCAGAGGACCAAAGCGUUGCAAAAAAUCCUCCCGUGAAACGCCCUGUGCCUUUUGACUCACUGGAGAGGCUAGCAGUGAAGAGACAAAAACUUACAGACCAGAGGUUACAGCAGCAGCAGCCCGCUGUAAACGGACUCUUAAACAGUAAAGGAGGACACGAUAAUGCAACUCCUGCCCUCAACCCCAGUUUCCACACAAAGACUGAGUUUCAGACAACAAGCACCCACACUGAUAACCAAAACGGCUUUCCAGGAGGCCACAAUAGCUUUCCAUUAACGCACAAACUGCCUAGCGCCAUCGAUGGACCGCUUUCAGAGACCAGGCAGCAAGAACCCAAAGUAAGCAGCCAACUCCAGCCGGCCCAGCGUGACUCUGACUUUGCUCAGCAGCAGCUCGCCAACAGCCAGCACAGGAAGAAGAAAACUAAAAAGCACAAAGACAAGGAGCGGGAGAGGUUAAAAGACGACCAGGGCAGCGCGUGGCUAAAGACGAGUCCUGAUCUCAAGCAGAAUCCAGACAAACUUGACAAUCCUGAUAUCACGAAGGUUGUGGCCACUGAGGAGAAGCCAGAUUAUGUGCUUACAUACAACUCCAUCACAGAUUUGGAGCAGCGUCAGAGGUACCAGGAGGAUUUCUGUGCAGAGUACGACGAGUACAAAGACCUCCAUUCCCGGAUCGCCACCAUAACGCACAUGUUUGUUCAGCUGGGGUCCAAAAUCAAGAGCCUGUCCCCUGGCACACAAGAAUAUAAGAUAAUGGAGGAUCAAAUACUAGAAAAGUACAACAAGUAUCGAAAGAAGUUCCCAGGCUACCGGGAAGAAAAGAAACGCUGCGAGUAUCUCCACGAGAAACUGUCGUACAUCAAACAGCUCAUAAUGGACUAUGACUUGUCUAAGGCUUCCUCGUAGCAUUGACUCUCUCUCAGAUUUUUAUUUGUGGAGCCAUGUGGGUGUCAAAACAAAGCUGCAGCCGACUACACAGACUUCUUCUGCUGGGACCACCAGGACGAUGCUGUGAGCUCUCAUGAUGUUUGACAUGUAGCAGAUUUCACUCUGGUUUUUCUAGGACCAGGGGUUAUUAUUUCGUAGUUAUUGUGUCUCAUCGAUGUUAAAUGUCCAAGGGAGAGGAAAAACAAACAGUCCUGACCCUAAUGCGUCCAGUGCACGUUUAUUGAAUAGUUUUUUUUUAUUUUUUUUCCAGCCUUGUUAAAUCCAGUCGGUGAGUCAUUCACGCACUCGACUGGUCAAAGAUUCCUUUCUUUACAUUAUACAUUUAAAGAUUUCAAGACGCAGUGUAAGAGAGGAAACUUUUUCAAGGUGUCCUCAUUUCUUCUAAUGACUGAAGCCGCCCACUGCAAAAAAAAAAAAAAACUGAAACAUUGCAAACCACCUCAGAUAUAGCCUUCGUGUCUUAUUGUGCAAAGGGAGUGAAAUAUUUCCACUUGUCCCCGCUGCCUUCAGUGACGCGGGCAUUUGUUAAGCGACUUUUGAAAAGCUUAUUCCAUACUGGAAACAAGUGAAAUACUUUAUGGCAAAACAUGGUAGUGUUUGAACACAAUAAUAGGUAUAAUGACGUAUUAGAAUGAAGCUAUUUUGCAGUACAACCAGUAAAAGGGUCCCCGUGAUUAGUAUGUUUGAAGAAUGGAGCGUGUCAACCUGACAUAUCUCACACUAAAUUCAGAUUCCUUUUGAAAUCAUCUGAAUCCACUGAGUAAAAAUGUUGGAUUAAUCACCCUGCUGCAAUAAUGCUGUCUUCAAAUGCAGCUCCUGAGCCUUCGGUUACCGUAUAUCUUGUAAACGACUCGUGAACAGCCCACGAGCUAGGGUGCUUUCAUAUGGAUUGUGAACAUUGGUAAACUCGACAGCAUUUGAAGGCAGCAUCAGUUGAGGUGUGUACACCGGAUGCACUUGAGCUUAUCUAAAGUAUUUAUUAACCUCACUCCCUUUAUUUUGAGCAACUGGUAAAUGGACCAAAAACAUUUAGACAUUGUUAACUGAGCAGCAAGUCUAGUUUAAAGUAUUUAACCCACUGGAAAGAAGUGUCUCUGUCUCUCUCUUUUUGCAUAGAACUACUGAUGUAUUUAUUUCUAAGCCACUUUUCCUCUAUCUGUACGCUGUCAUCGGCCUCCUCUGCUCGGCCUUGUUUUGAUCAAAGAGUCUGUAUCCAAGCAGCUGGGGUAGCAAACCCUUGAGCGGAUGUUGCCAGAUGAAAGGUAUCAUAAUACAGUAUAUUGUGGGUCUUGUCUUGACACAUUUGUGGGGAGUCUCUGGGUUAAAGCUGCACCUAAAAGCCUCUAAAUAUUAAUGGAAUAAGACUGCAACAAAAGGCCUGAGCUGAGAGGUCGUCAGCCAAUUCACCCGACACUUAACGCUGUAUUUGAAGUUCUUGCGUUGUACACUUUAAAGGGGGAUAAAGACAGUAUCACACGCUACUCUAGUAUUGUAAGGUGGAAAGCAUUAACAUUCACAUUGUGCUACGUUUUGGGCUCGUUUAAUCCACUACAGGGGAAACGCUAAAUUGGAAGCUUUAUAGUGUACAGUGAAUGAACUUCGGUCUGAGCCCUACAUGGUUGAUUCGCUUGAAAAUAUGCAGCCGCAUAGGGGAAAAAAGAAGUGUGCAUUUUCCUACAAUGUAACUAGAUUACACUAAUAUGAAGAGUUUUAUUAUUUUUUUUUAUGGCCUUUGGUUUCCAGUUAAUAAUCAGUGCCCAUUCACUCUAAGUGUGGUUUCAGAUUUAGUACUGAAUGUAAUCCCACAGUCAAUUGAAAUCCAGUAGAAGCCUUAAGAUUACACACAUUUGUAGGUAGCUUCAGACUGCCAAUAUCCAAAGGGCCAAUUGAGUUGUUACCCACACACAUCUGCACAUCUGUUGUCUGCCUUAUAUCCCAUUUAAACCUGUUUAAAUGAACGCCUUUGAUGGCUUUCUGUAUUCAUAAUGUAACUGUUUAGUUUAGUUUGAUUGGCCAUAAUCGCAGCUUACUCGUUUAUAAUCCUUCUGGUACUCUGUUUUUUUUUUUUCUUUUUAAUAAAUCAUCAUUGAGGUAAAACUUCAGGUAUUUAUAAUUAGGAAUACCGCUGACAUUGAGCUCUACGUUGACUCUCUGAGGAAAUGAAGUAAUGUGACUGAAAGAGUGUCUUCAGCAGUUUCUGCAAUACAUCAAGCACAAAAAAAAUAAAUAAAAUAAAAUGUCCACGUUAGUAAUAAUAAUACUGAAUCACUUUCAAGUAGUGGGCGGUAAUUAUGAGUAUAUUCCAGGGGGAGGAGAGAAUAAUGGUGCCAAGUGGUUGAUUGAAGAUCGUAAUUAACUAUUGAACAGCACGUCACUGGUCUUAAUGGCAGAACAUUUCUCACUGAAUGGGUUUUAAUUAUAGGUCUUAUAUUUUGUUAUAAGUCUUAAUUGGGUGCUCCAAUAAUAGGUUCACAAGUUUUUUUUGUUUUGUUUUUGGGACUAGUGCUGAGUGUUUAAAACAAACAACAACAAAAAAAAACACUGGUGUGUGUGUACUGCACACCUGCUGUAGAGAGGAGUUUGACGGGAGAGUAUGCAUCAUGAACUGCAUUUUUACAAAUGUAUACAUUCUCUUGUGCUGUUUUGCAAAGUUCAAAGGAAUAAAAACCAAUCCAAAUGAUCUUUA